UACAUAUCUACUAAUGUUUCAGAUGGAAAUGGUGGUUUGUACCGGGCCUUGGGAGAGAGGAAGAUCUUAGAUGACAUGGCGAGAAGACAGCUGAAAUAUGUCCAUGUGUACUGUGUGGACAACAUCUUGGUCAAGAUGGCCGACCCUGUCUUCAUCGGCUUCUGUAUAAGCAAGGAUGCUGACUGUGGGGCAAAGGUUGUCCAGAAGGCGUACCCAACAGAGCCCGUGGGGGUGGUGUGCCGUGUGGAUGGCGUGUACCAGGUCGUCGAGUACAGCGAGAUAACCCUGAAGACCGCCGAGAAACGCAACCCAGAUGGCACCCUCAUGUUCAAUGCAGGAAACAUCUGUAACCAUUUCUUCACCCUGGAGUUCCUGAAAACAGUUGUCAGCGAGCGUGAGGGGGAACUGAAACACCACAUCGCCAAGAAGAAGAUUGCAUAUGUGGAUGAUCAGGGAGAACGGAUCAAGCCAGAGAAACCAAACGGAAUCAAGAUGGAGAAGUUUGUCUUCGACGUUUUCCAGUUCUCCAGAAAUUUUGCUGUUCUGGAGGUGGUUCGGAAGGAUGAAUUCUCCCCUGUCAAGAACAAAAGUUCCCACAACCCCCAGUACAGACUUGUGAAGCAGUGGUCCCAAAAUAAUACGAAAUUUGCAAUGUUUGAGGUUCUGCGAGAGGAUGAAUUCUCUCCCUUAAAGAACAACGACAGUGCUGAAAAGGACACGCCCACAACAGCUCGCCACGCCCUGUUCAACCUGCACCAUCGCUGGGUGCUGUUAGCGGGGGGCAGGUUCAUAGAGGAGGAUGGUACACAUAUCCCUCCCAUCCCAAGCCGUAAGGAGGAUGUACACGAGUAUCCGGUGGUGUGUGAGGUGUCUCCACUCCUGUCCUACAGUGGAGAGAGCCUGGAAGAGCAUGUGAAUGGUAAGGAGUUCAAGUCACCACUCCUGCUACUGAGCACCACGGAACAGAACGACAAGGAGCCUGAUGUCAAGAAGAUCAGGGAAGACUGAGGAGCGAUGGAAGAGCUGGAAACAUACCUGUGGCUUUGAUGUUUCCACAUAGGCAAUGAACAGUUAUGAACCCAUAACUAAUAUUCAUUGUCUAAUACAGCAAAAGGUUUACCAAAUGAACAAACUAUUGCAAAUGAAAGGUGGUGUGUUCAUUUGAGCUUCAUGACCAAUCAUAGGAUAAUUUGACGUAUAUGUGCAGUCUUCUUCAACUUUGGUAGUCCAUUUUCAGGGGACCAUCCAUGCACCUCUGUAGGGUUGACCAUAGGCAAUGGUGUAUACAAUAUUCUGUACAAAAUCUUCACAUUUUCACUUGUUCAGUGAACAUUUGGGCUUGUCUUGUUACCUAACUGUGUGGCUUUCUCGGUUGUAAACACAGGGCAACCUAAAAAAGUAAAAUGCUAUGAUAUUUUAUCAAGAGAAAAUACAAUCUCAAUAGAUACCUCAACAUCAUUUGGUCAUAGUGUUUGGGUAGGGGUGUUAGUGUAGGGAAUUCCACUCUGGAAUAGUUUGGGGGAAAGAGUGAAUGUGAAUUGGUGUGGGUGCUAAGGGGUUAAAUAAGAGUUGAAAUGAUUGGUGUGGGUGUAGUUUUGGGGGGUGGCUAGAAAGAGUAUACCAUAGUCUGCUUCUUGAAUUAUACAUAGUUUGGAAAACUGGCCUCUCUCUAUCCUGUGGUAUGGUCACCCCCAUGAGAUAGUGGACUGACAGACAGCUGGCUCUGUGAGGCCCAAAGGACCAAGAUAAGUGCUCUGAUGUGGAUCAUGGAGUGGGCUAUUAGCAGAAACACUACAGAAUUUCUUUCUUGGGCUGUUCGCAGAACAGGCUAACACUUCAGAAUAUGAGUUCAGUGAUUGUUUGCAAUCUUCUUUUUGUCUGCUUUUCCAAAGGCAUGACUUCAUUACUGACAUUUGGCUUCAUUCUAAGCCUACCUGCAAAUCUACACAUAAAUCACCUUUGGAGAUUGUAGCUGACCAAGAAACGAUUGGAAUUGUUGUACUCUUGAAAACUAGCUUCAUUUAUAAUGUGUAAACAGUAUUACAUUUCAAAUUAAAGUCAGUAUCAUACUAUGUUGAAAGUACAUUUUGUGUGUUGAAAGAGCCAGUAGUAGUGGUACAUGUGAUUUAUCAUUUGUUUAGUACAGGUCAGGAGGUGCUUUUAAGAGUUUAACAAGGUAAAGGCAAAUUGUUGAUAGCAUGCAAAGUAGCACAGCCAGUAGUGUUUUAAUUAGAGCAUCUUUGAAGGCUUUCAAAGAACAUGCGUCUGCUGUAAGAAUAUACUAGUAUCCAAGAAGCAUGUGAUGUGUUGAGUCAAACUUAGCAAUUCUAGACUGUGUGUAGAGUCUGUGUAUAGUCUUUGUGAUGUAGAGACAAUCUGAGAACAGGCAGCAGUUACUACCUUCUCCUGUCUGAGUGUUAACUUGUAUAGUUAUGGUCAGUGAGGACAUGGUUAUGGACCAAAUACCAUUUUCCAUGGACUUGUUAUCAUGAGACCCCAUGGAACAGUGUGUGCUAGUGAUGCUCUCUGUUUAAAGGGCUUUUCAAUAAUUGUCAAGAGUUUUGGAGGAAUUACAUAUACAACUACUGCCUUCUUAGUUUUAGGCAAAACAUGAUGUGUUCAGUAUUAUUUUCUUUUUGGCAAAUUUUAUCAGCAGUAUUCAAUGAUUGUAUUCAAGUAUUUUAUGCAGAUUGAGCAUUGCAAGCUGAUUCAUAAUCGAGACUGCUUUCAUUAUGAAUCUAAUGUUCGUGAGCCAGUGGUGAUUUUAAGAAAUGGUUCUCUCCUGAUCAUUAUCGUUAAUUCUACUAUUUGUAAUGAACAUGCAUUUAAGUUUGCACGUACAUGUACAUGAACAUGUGCUACAUCAAGAUGUUCCUAAGUGUUCCUAAUAUCUGGAGGGACCAAAAAUCUACAGAAGGAAAAGAAGUUUCUUUUCAAUCAAGGGCAUUUCUAAACGUGAAUGUUUAGAUAGUAUUGGAACCACAAAAACAUGUUUAAGAACACCAAAUACAUGUAUUGUUGUUAUAAUGGAAAAAUGCCUACUGUUACACGAUAAGUAUUAAGUGCCUCUUGUAUAUAAGUAUGUAUAAAAAGAGAAAUUUGACUUCAAUCAAUUUACCAUGUUUCCAAAUUCUUUACAAAUAACGUAAAGUAAAUAUAUAAUGUAUUAGAAAUUUUGAAUAGUCUCUACUAUAAAAAUCUGUUAUAUACUAUUGUACGCUCUUGUAUAGGUCACAGCAGCCCUUGUAUUUAGUACUAUAGCAUUGGAGAUUUUGUGACACGUAGCAUAAUUGCACAUUUUAUGACAUGUAGCAUUGCACAUUUUGUGACACGUAGCAUAAUUGCACAUUUUAUGACAUGUAGCGUUGCACAUAUUGUGACAUGUAGACAGUGUUGCACAUUUGAAAGUUGCUGUUUAGGCAAUCUUUGGUGGCCUUUGGUAUUCAUUUGUAUUGUUUGGAAUUCCAAUUUCAGUGGAUCAUGUGCGCAGUCUUUUGCUUUUUAUUACAUAUAGUUUUGCACAUUUUGUGAUAGUGUUGCAUUUUUAGACAUCAAUUAUAACUCUCUUCAUUUAUUGAAGAAGCACAUACAUGUACAAAUCAUAGGCAAUAGGUCAAUGAGUUUUUGUUGAAAUUGUGUUCUUUGUACACUAAAGAAAGUGUGUUCGCUGAAAGAGAAUUCCGAAAACCUUACGCUUAGCUCGCUGUUCUCUUCUGAUUUUUCUGGAAAGUCUGUCCGAGCAACGCAUAUCAGUUCUUGCUUCCAUGUUUUUGUAAUGUAGUUGCCUGUAGGAGUAAAACUGGCCUCGCAGCAUAUCUUACCCAUUGUUCAAACCAGUAGAACUACGGGGGAGCUAACUUAAAAAACAAGAUAGCACUAGAUUUGCCAGUGUUACUUGCACAGCCCAAACCCUCGGCAGUCUUUGAUGGUCUUUGGUGUCCAUCCUUCGAAUCCUGUUUGGCAUAUGUCUGCACAGUGUUUCAUGAUUUUCUGAAAAAUCUUUCAGGCGACGGAGUACACAGAAUGUGCAUGACUGUGCUUACAACACACAGUAAGUUCAACAAAAACUUUGUGGCCUGCUACCUAUGGACAAGUCAGUCUCACUGUGAACUAAACCUUAGUACAAUGUAUGUUUUCAAUACCACUGCAAUCAGGGACACACAUCUUUACCUGUAAGUGCCCUUUAAUUAAGCACUAUCUUCUUCGCAAAAUACGUAUACAACUGUAUCUUUAGUUAUUAGUUGUCCCUGUAUGUAGUAUUUUGAUAUGGAUUGAAGAGAAGAAAUAUCUCAAACUCAAUUUCAUUCCACACAGACUAUUUUACAUGAUUACUCUACAAGCACUGAGAUGUUAGUGCUGAGAGUCAGACCAAAUAAAACUAUAAGUAUGACUGGU